AAUUUUAUUGAUAACAGACAGAAACAGAAACGCGAUAAGAGACUGAUAUUCUAAUUUAGGAUUUUCCUGUUAUUUUACUUAAUUUUCCAUUUCUUAAGAGGUGAUAGUGAGGUGGUUAGUCAGUGCUAAAAUGUAACGGAAAAAUAUAUUGUAUGAAAUAAGGGCCAACAGCCAGAAAAAUUAACGGUUCGGAUCCAGACACUACAGCGGAUUGCUUUGAAUUAUGGAAAUAUCCUGGAAAUGCUUUCAUUUCUGUUUUCUUGUGUUUUUCGUGGGGUUUUGUAAAGGAUUUCCAAUUAAUUUGGAAGAUAGUAAUACUGGUCAUACACAGUUCUUAACUGGGGUUGCUGCAGUGCUGAUUACUGUUGGCAGUAUCAUUUUGGCUGGAUGCCUUUGUUGUCAGAAGAGAAAAGGAUUUGAGGAAUUUCACAAUAGUCCCGUAUUAGCUUCGACUGUACCAAAUUCAGAUCCCGGCCACACUAAUCCUCUUGCCAAUGGCGAGUUUACCAUAUUUACUCCCUUAUCUGUCCCAACACGGUAUAAUAACAACGUAUUUCUUGCUAAUGAUCAAGUGAUUAGGGCGACCGCAGAUGAUUAUAUAUGUGGCGAUAUUGAUGUCAGCUUGUGGUUUAGCGGGCAAGAAAAAGACUUUCCAAGGAGCAAGUUAAAGUACAUAAGAGAAUUGGGAAAUGGCAGCUUUGGAAAAGUAGUAGAAGGUGCCGCUCAAAACUUAGACCCAGACCGUCCAUGGACUCCAGUAGUUGUCCGAAUCCUAAACGCCGCCUCCAGCUCAACUGAGCGCCUUCUAUACCUUAACGAUGCCCUCUUCUACUUGGCACCAGCUCACCCCAACUUAUUGCAACUCAGAGGUCGUUGUCUUAGCACAGUCCCUCUAUUACUGCUUCAGGAAUCAUGCAGUGGGGGUGAUCUAAAGGCCCGACUAAGGGCCAAAGGUACCGAGGAAAACGGUUUGAUGUGGUGCUGUCAACUGACUUCAGCUUUAAAACAUUUACACGAAAAUGGCUUUGUUCAUCCCGAUUUGGCUGCAAGAAAUUGUCUCCUAACAGACUCUCUUAUGCUUAAAUUGGGAGAUUACAGCUUGGGUAGCACCAAUUAUCCUGACGAUUAUUAUAAGGGGGGCGAGCCACUGAUUCCGGUAAGAUGGAGGGCUCCGGAGUCAUUGGAUUGUACCCCGACUACAAUUCAGCCUAAGAAGCUCACUACUGAGGCCAAUGUUUGGUCUUUAGGGGUGACUUUGUGGGAAAUCUGCGAGAAUGGGGCUCAGCCUUAUGGGCAUUUGGAUGAUGACGAAGUAAUCUCUAGAGUUUUUGGCACUGAACGGUUAAGGCUUGAUGGGCCUACUACACCUAACAUGUAUUCUGAUUAUAUUUUCCGUCUUAUGAAACUCUGCUGGACCAACAUAGAUUCACGGCCUAAAGUAGCCCAAAUCGACCUGAUGUUAAUAGACCUCCUUCAAGUCCACAAACACACCCACGGUUCCCAAGAAGCCGACUUUGAGGCCCGAUGGGAACAAUUUAAACCAAACACCAUCGUUAAAACCGACAAUCAUAGUGUCAGUAUCGACGUGGACGCCCUGAAAACUGCAAGCAAUUUAAACGCGGUGCCAAAACCCAAUAUCCAAUUGAAAUUGGGCAUUUUUAAAGAACCAGAGACUUUGAGACAAACCGACAGUUUGACCGACAGUAUGAUAUUUAGGCAAGGGAGCAGCGGUAGUGAUACCGAAGAAGAAAACUGGAUGAGGAAAGUGGAACGUGGAGCAUACAGCGAAAAAGUGCGAUUAAAAUCCCGAUCUGUGGCCGAUUUGAUGGUUUUAACUCAUGUAGAUUAUUCGGAGUCAGAGUCCGAGACCCCUAUGCCCAGUAUCGAUUAUAAAAUAAAUAGGCCCGUAAAAAAAUCGAAUUUAGAGAGCGCCAGUUUAAACUUUAGUAGCGAAGGUAACUUGUUAAGCUUAGAAGACACGUUCGAGCAAGAGCUUAAAAAGUUACAAGUAGAAAGGAGAGACAGUUUACUUUUCGUUCCAGACAAUAAAAGCCAAAAUAAUUCAAACUUAAGUUUACUACAAGAACUGAACAGUCCCACGGAAAUCAAACCCAUGAAUCAAAUUUACAAUAUUUUCAAUAUGACAUUUGCCAGUGGGUCAAAACUGAACGAACUGAUCGGGGAGGAUGGGAGAGCGUUCAGCAGACAAGACAGCGAGAACCGGAGCGAUUUGGGUUACGCGACUUUACAUAACAGCGAAAGAAACAGCGAUUUCGGUAGCGUAGACGGCGAACAAUUGCUGAUGGAAGAUCCCAAUUCCAUUGUAAAAACCGAAAUCGAGCAGAAGUUGCGGAAUUGCGAAUUCUCGCCGAAAUUCAGCGAGUCUGAGUCACCGAAAAAGCAGCAAAACUUGCCCGAUAUAUUAGCCAGCUUGGACCAAGAACACCACACUCAGGUGAACGUAGACUUGUUAGAACCCCAAAUGUCCAGUAACUUAGAUCAUGAUCGACAAACGAUCGUGCCCAAAUUGUCUGAUUUAGUCAUAAAUAAUUACAGUCACGAUUCUAAUGAAACUUUAGCACCUAAGGAAUCUCAAUUAGUACCUGAUCUCAGUGUGAAUGAACCAUUUAAGGAAUCUUUUGUACCAGAAAUUAGGCAAGAGUUUAUUAAAGGGCCAAGUAUUAUGGAAUCUUUACGGUCUUCCGCUAAAGGUUCCGCCUCGGAUGAUGAUUUAGAAGAAAUCGAUUGCGCAGGGCACGCAACACCUGAGGAGAUCCAUUGUAUAGAAACGAUUAAUCAGUUUUUGAUUGAGGAACGUAAGUGGGCUCUCUUGGAUUCCCCAUUGAGUAGUCCGCACGUCGCGCGGCAAAAUAAAACUUUUUGCAGUAACGAAACUCUUGACCCGGAACUGAAGAAACCCAAGGAAGGAAAUGAAACUGUGUUCGUUGAGGAGCCUAAAAACGGUGAAGAAUUCAGUCAAAACUGUAUCGCGAAAGCUGAUUUGGAAACAUUCCUUAUUGAGGAACGAAAGAGCAGCUUAAUAGACACUUUGUCCGAUUUGUCCAGUUUUAAAUCAAACGAACUGAACAAGAGGAUAUAUGAAAGCCUCAAAGUAGAAGAUUUAAGUGACGAACCUAACCAUAUAAAUGAAAGAGUAUCGGAAGCAUUUGAUAUCAACAGCUUUUUAAACGCAGAACGUUUAAAUGCUUUAGAAGACAUUUUUAAAACCCCAUUGGCCAAUAUUAAGCUGGAUAUUAGUCUAAAAUCUGACUCGACUACAACUUCAAAUCAAAAUCUUGACAAUGAACAAAACGUAUCCAGCGAACACAAACGAAAACUCUCCUUUGACCUGAGAGAGGCUCGUCCAGAAACUCCCGAUAAAAAAGCCAGAGUCCAGUUUGAUUUAAGUGAGAGUCAAGAGGAAACUAUGCCCAAUUCCCUUACCCACUCGUCGGUGUUCACUAGCACGCCCUUCAGGAAGAAACAGGAACUCUCGAUAAGCAAUAACACGGAAGCAUAUUCCAGUUUAAAUCUGUUCGACGCACAACCGGAAGGAAACGAGGAGUUUUUCUCGAGCAAUUUCGUCCCAGUGGAAACAAAGCAGCUCAACUACUCAUUGGAAACGUGGGAUAAUUUUUUAGGGAAAUCGUUUGAUAACAGUCGGGGCGAGAACGCGGAAAAUAUGUUCGAUAGUUUCACUUCGGAGCCCCAGAGUUUAUUGUUUUUGGAAAACGAAUGUGCGAGGCCGAGCGAGGGCACUUGUGUAAAAGAACCGCGUGCCGAUGGGACUUUUGUUAAAGAGGAGGUCGGAAACGGGACACUUGUGAAAAAUGGGACGUUUGUGAUGGACGAGAAAAAGGACGGGACUUUCGUGAUGGAUGACAGGAAGAAUAGUACGUUUGUGAUGGAGAAUCCAAAAAAUAUUGACGGUGCAGCUUCAGAGGGCCAUUUUGAAUCAGGUGGUGGCUGGUUCUUGCAUCCCCAAUCCGGCAACAGUAAUUUGUCCGGUGAUAUUGAACCACAACCAGGUAAUUCUAAAGGCACGUAUGUCGGAUUCGGGAUGAACGACGAAAUUAUGACCGCUAUAAGAAACGAACUGUUAGAAAAAUUACCACAUGCGCAGGGUGCCGCCCAAGAAAACAUAACGGAAGAUGAGGAAUGGAAGCAAACAGAGAGAAAUGAAAUAAUGUUAACGUAUAACAUUCAUAAUCCGCCUCUUUCGCCGAUCCCGGAAGAAACUAGUUUUGAAAUUGAAAAUGAAGAUCAACUGCGAACUAGUACUGGAGAAAAUACACCAAAAUUAGUAUCAGAGAGCGAGGACAGCGAUUGGUCGGACCAAGACCCCGACGAUAUCCCGAUGCCUUCCUCCCACACAAACGAGAAAAUCCUAGAGCAAGACAUCACGACUCCCAGCCAAAGUUCUUGUUGUUCCAACGACACCCUUUUCAACUUCGACGAUAUCGCCAAUAAUGACCAGAAAGACGAAAAUCAAACGUUUACGAAUGUUGGUACCCAAAAGAGUUCGGAUGUCACCGUCAGAAAUGCCGAGAAUUCUGAAGGUAGCAGUAAUGACACGUUGCAAGAGUCCAACCUGGUUGGGACGUCACUGGAUCCUGUGUCUUUGGAGGAAUUUUUGACUAGUGAAAGAAACCAUACGUCGUCCGCUUGUAAUUCGUUGUCGUUUGGUGUUAAAGUGGUUGCCCCUUUGCCUUCACCAGACGACAAACCUUGGAAAACUCUACAAAAUUGCCUACUAACUUAUGACAAAAUCAAAAAACCGUUACCUCUAGACAACUUAGAAGAAACUAGUUCCGAUUUGACCAAGUUAGAAGAUUCUCAAUCGGAAUCACUUAAUGGCACAGAUAAUCAAAAUAUUGAUCUCAUAAACAACGAUGAAAAUAAAAUCAAAGUUCCCGCUUAUGAAAACAUUGAUGCAGCUUCAAGUGAGCUCAUAACGUACGAAAAUCUUGGAUUAGCUACAUAUGAAAACGUCUCACAACCAGAAAAAAUGACUCAUCAUCCCUAUGAAAACAUUGUAGUACCGGAAACAUAUGAAAAUCUUAAAUCAACUACACAUUCAUAUGAAAAUAUUUCAGCUGUUGACAAAACCGCUUCUCAACCCUAUGAGAACAUUUUAAUACCAGACAAAUAUGAAAACGUUGGAUCGAUUACUCAUCCAUACGAAAACGUCUUGGCUGUUGAAAAGCCACUUUUGAAAACUUUUGAACCAUACGGAAACAUCUUAGACGAGCCGAAUCGAUACGAAAACCCGGAUAAACCCUUGCCAGUGUCCAAUCUUUAUGAUGACGUGGCAGAACCUGAACAGAAAUCACCUUUAAACCUGUAUGACGAGGUCGAUAUCGAAAACACUUACGACUACACGAACAUCGAAGAUUUUAAAGGUCCCAGGCAUAUCUCUAUCGAUGACAAGGAGACUAACGAAUAUAUCACGAGCAUCGAUCAUGACGAACAUGACAAGGACAUGUUUGGAGUAUUGACUGAUAUAAGGUUUAGCGGGCCAAUUGACAAUCAAUUAAUGUCAACGUCAUUCAGUGAAAGUAACGAUAUAGACGAACAGGAUUGGGAUAGCGGGAGCGAUACGAGAUCGAGUUCUAGCGGGGAGUUUAUAUGGAAGGAAGGAGAGCAUGAAGAGUCUCUCAAGGCCUUGAAGGCUGCCCCGCAUGAUAUGCUAGAAGACGUAAAACCAAUGGAAGAAAUAAUCGAAGAAACAACAGAGAGCGACGUCAGUUCAAACAGUAGCGACGAAGAAAAAGAUAAUUUAGAAUUCGUACCGUCCGCUUGGGAUAAAUUCGCUACCCCGACUAAAUCCGCACUGAGAUCCCCAGAAAAAACCCUUGAGAGACCCGAAAUGAAAAAGAAACCGAAAGGCGUAUGGUUCAAAAAACAAAAGUACCACUGCGUCUACGAGUACCCAAGAGAACCAGAAAGUCCGAUACUUCAAAGCCAGGACCUCUGGAAACCACCCGUGGACUUGGCAACGUUUACGGGUGCCUCGAAUCAUUCGGAAGAAGAAUUCAUUGUGCCGCCCUCAAGUAAAUUAAUCGAUCCGAAUAAUUUGAUUUGCUCGCAGUUUUUUCCCGGCGCGUCUGCCUGGAUCGAAAACGUGACACCCGAUAGCGGUCUGGAGGAUUCGACUCCUUUAAGCGAAUCGACUGAUUUGCCACGUGUGACAGCCAAAGAAGUGCUUCCUUUAAAGAAACUCGCUGCCGUGGUCGUUAGUAAGAGCAAGGAAGUUAAAAAAAGUUCCAAAGAAUCGUUAGGCGGUCUUCGUCACACCAGAAACCGGUUAAAACUCGAUCUGCCUCCCAGCCCGAGCGCCUUUACCUCCAACAAAACCUUCACCGUCGAACCGUUCUGCGAACCAGUUAUCCUACGGGAAAAACCGACUUUUUCCACUUUUGGAAAAAGUCGAUUUCUAGUCCAACAAGUCGACACGAGUACAGACAACAGUAGCAGAGAAAACAAAAACGUUUGCUUCGACGUAAUACCUUAUAAACCCAUCAAUAUUGUACCUAUGGAGCCGAACGUUCAAUACGAACCAUUAAAAAAGGAUUUCGGCGAAGUAGUACCUGCUUUUAGUAACAAAAAGGAAUUGUUCACCAAAGGGGAGGCGAGUUUGUUGGAUAGCGCGGACGAGGACAGCGGGAUUGAGUCGAGCAGUUUGGACAGGAAAUUGGCGAAUAAGGAGAGCGACUGAUAUAGGAGGAUGUGGGUCUAUCAGGACCGCGCAUAUUUCGAUUGAGAUUAGAGUAUAUGCUCGGGAAGGUGAGGGGUGUACUCAUGUAUACAUUUUUUAGUUAUUAUAUUAUUUUAAGUGAUACGGCGGUUUUUGGGCUCGCAAGAAAUUGAAUUUUUACUCACGAUGCGCUUCUAUUGUAGUAUUAAAACGGUGCCAACGUUUUGCGAAAUUAUGUGGUUGGGUAGUUGGAUAACUAGUUAGAAUUUGUCACAAUCUUAAGCAUUAAUUUUUACCGGCAACCCACGGAUUGCAAAAAAAUUCUUUAAUUAAAAUCCAUUAAUUCGUACAAGAAAAGGAGAAAAAAUGUUCAAUAUAUCAAAUACGAAGAAAGUUAGACCUUUAAAAAACAAAUACUCAUUUAAAUAUAAAAAGAUUCUAGUUUUUAAUCCCCAACUCACUAUAAAUAUUGUGCCAACGAUUAUUUUUCGCACGUACAUACAAACCCUAUUUAAGGCGAGCCUAAAUAAAGUUACAAAAUACUAGUAGAACAAAAAACACAAUAUUCCAGCCAUUCGCUAACUUUAGAUAUAGUACCCGACUAUUUGUGUCUAGAAUUUUGUAAUUUCCACACAUGUACACUCUUGUUCAGUUGUAUAUUUUUUGUACAUUUUUGGUGUUUUUUUUUUUGUAAAAAGUGUUUGUUUUAUUUAUUUUUUACGUUGUAAUAGGAUCUUUGGAAUAAUAAGUGGGCGGUUAUUAGAAAAUGUUCCAUGUAGUUAUGAAUUCAUUAUAUGCUGAACAUUUUCUAACGACCUAUUAAAAGAAUAACGCUGUAUAAAAGGGUGAAUGAUGUUGCAACAAUGGCCAAGCAUGUGCUGCUUAAUCAAAUAUUUACAAUUUUUGAAAUCAAAAUAUAUAGUGUCCGUUUAGUACUCCCUUCCUCCAUUGUGGCUGUAUUUUUAAACCAAAAAAAUAUUUUUUGUGUACAGGGAAUAAAAAAGCUGCAUUUUAAAAUUUAAUUUACAAUUUUAUAUAUUAUUUAAUUUUUAGGUCAUGCAUGUCAUAGUUUAAUCAAGUAUCUUUUGAGAAUUAGAGACAGUUGAAAUUUGGUUUUUUCAACUUUAAGUGGCUACAGAACCAUAACUACUUCUCAUAGGUUAGAAAAAUUUUACAUUCGUAUCUGAACUUCUUCAGAUAUGUUUAAUAAGAGAAAAAAAUGCUACUGUCACUUGUCAUUUUUUCUAACCUUUUCAACCUGUAUACAAAAAUUCUAUUUUUUUGCUUUAAAAAUACAACCAGAAUGGAGGCAGAGAGUACUAAAUGGACACGCUGUAUAGUUUUAUGAUUUUUCUACACAGGGUACCUAAUAAGUAUAUAAAACAAAUUGCGGUUAUAUCUCGGGAACUGUCAAUCUGAUAUCAUUGUUGUAAUUAAACAGCCAAUAAUUUAAUUAUACUUUUCCAGAAAAUGUUAUCUGAAUGUACCUUUUUUUUUAAAUAAUUAGAAAUUUGGGAAUAUUUUCUGUCAUUUUGGUUAAAGACUUAUUAGCGUACGGACCUUCACAAAGUAGGGGAAUUUUUUUUUUAUUUGUAUAUUUUAUUUGGUUUAAUUAUUGUUUCAUAUACCUAUGAUGUUACUGCAUUUCCUAUUUUUUUCUAAAUUUAUUUGUGUUUGGUCUUCCAUUCUUUUUUAUAAGAUAUAUACGUGUAUGAAAAGCAUAUUGAAUGCGACACCGUGGCAUAUAUGUGCUAUCGGGGUCAUUUUAUUACAUAUUUGAACCUAGAUAAUGAAAAGUUGUCUAGAAUUAAAAAUAACUGAAAUUUUUUCAAAAUUUAAUGACAUCUUAAAAAAACUGAAUCUCCACUUAUUUGCGAUAAAAAAUGGCAGACUGCUGCAAUUUUCAUAACGAUACGCCUUGCUUUCGAGAAAUAAAAUAGAUUUAUUUCACGUUUUACUCGAAAACCUUAUGUGAGAAAUGGUUAGGAUUAAGGUUAUGUGAAAAAAGUAUAGAUUCAAAAACUAUAGAUCUUUUUUAUCACUUAUAAUUUUCUUAAAAAGCAUUUUUUUCUCAGACAAUUAUUUUCUGCAAAAAAACGUUUUUCAUUAACCCUACCCUUACCCCCUUCCCCCACACAACUUACCAGUAAGAUAUUUUUUUCCAAAUUAUAUGCAUGAAUAAUAGCUGCUUUCGGCGUUAAUAUCUAAUCUUAUAACAGUUUGUUUAUUUAAAUUUUAUAUAAUUAUAUUUAUUAAUAAAUAUUUAAUACGAAAACAAUGCUAUUAGAUUGGAUAUUAUGGACGAAAAACAGUGAUUUUUCAAUCGAAUUUCAUCAAAUAUUUGAGCUAUAGUAAUUGAACUUAAAAACUAGAUAUCUAAAUUCCAUGUCAUUUUUUUAAAUGCCGACAUUUUCUCCCUUGUGUAAACAGAAUCGUAUAUGAUAUACGUAUAUUCUACAGUUUAAUUAAUAUUCCUUGAAAAUAUAUGUCUGAUAAAUAUACUAAAAACAAAAAUUUACGAAAAAAUCGCUGAAUAAAAAUAUAUAUUUAACGAUAAUAAUAUAUGAUGUAUUGUUUGGGUUUUGACAAAAAUGAUGGAAAAUAUCCAAGGUUUCUAAUUAUGUUAAAAAAGGGUACUUUAAGGUGAUUUUUUUCUGCCUCCUAGUGACGACUUAAAAAAAUCAACAUUUUUUCUUAUUCACUUUUAUAUUGUUUAAAAAAAAUCCAAUAGGGUUAGAUUAACAGUUUCGGAAAUAUAGCCGCAAUCCACGCUUAAUGAAACACCCUAUAUACAGUUCACUUCUGUUUUUUUUACAGGAUCAUCCAAUAAUUUAUCUUAAGUUUAUUAAUAAUUAAAACGUAUACAUCACCAACGUCCCUGUACACUGGCAGUCUGGAAAA